GUCGCUCCGUCCAGACGUUGCCGCGCUUCAAACUCGAACUCGACUCGAGAUCUGACCAAGAUCCGCGGGACACUAUAUACCAUAUACAAGAUACAAAAUACAAGAUACCAGAGCAGCGAGAUCAAGUUUCGGACCUAGCGUCAUCCGUUUUGCGGUUUCGAGUUUGUGUUUUGUGUGUGAUUUUGCGUGCGUUGGCCAAAAUCGAAAAUAGCCAUAAAGUGUGGAAUAGUUUGGCUCAAAAGGGCCUUCUCCAUUAGUGUUAAUUAUAUCCAAGAACGCGAUCGCAGCGGAGUGAGAAGUCGAGUGAGUGAGGCGAAAAUUGAAACGCAACAAAAUCGAAACUGUGUCGUUCUACAUGUGCUAAAUACCCAAGUGAACACCAUCGAAAACACCAUCGCACCUAACGGAUACGGAUACCUAACGGCAGUGGAAUUGGCAACGGCAACAGCAACAUGUUGCCGCUGCUGCUGUUGAUUUUUCUUGGCCAAACCGCCGGGCAACUGGUCAAUCAUCCUCCCCAAUUUGUUCCCGGAACGGGCGACAUGUCCCGUUUCAGCCUCUCGGAAAACACGCCCGUCGGCAGUCCCGUCUUCCAGCUGAAAGGAACCGAUCCCGAAGGCGGUCGCUUGAAAUACAGCAUCAGUGGGCCAGUUUUCUCCGUGGAUCGUGAGACGGGAGUGGUGCGCCUGCGCCAGGAGUUGGAUCGCGAGACCCAGGACACCGUCGAAGUGAUUAUCAGCAUAACGGACGAAGGCGUCUAUGGCACCGAACCCAAUACGGUUUCCCAGCGGCGGGAGAUUCCCGUGAGGGAUUACAAUGACAACCAGCCGAUGUUCCUGGGAAGACCUUACACCGCCAGUGUGAGUGAAUCCCUGCCAGUGGGAGCGGAGCUAAAUGUGGAGCCACCUAUCGUGGUCAUCGAUCGGGAUGAGGGAAUCAACGCUGAGGUUCAGAUGAAAUGCGUCGAGGAAAAUGACCUCUGCGACAUCUUCGAGGUGCGGGCAGUGAAAAUCUCGGACGGGAACUACACAGCUCGAGUGGCAUUGAAGCAACCGCUGGACUUCGAGAGUCGUCCUUCAUACAUCCUCACCAUUUCGGCAUCGGACAGUGCUUUAGAUAACCGCCUCUCCUCGCUGGCCACCAUUUCGAUCAAUGUGAUCGACAUCCAGGAUCAGCCGCCAGUCUUCACCAAUGCUCCUUACUCUGCCACGGUUCCGGAAAAUACUCCUGCCGGAGUGAGCAUCCUCACAGUGAAGGCGAUCGAUGGGGAUGUGGGUAUUCCAAGGGACAUAUUCCUCUCCCUGGAGGACGAACCUUUCGGCCACUUUGAACUGGUUCCAUUCGGAGAUCCCCGGGAGGGAACCGCCGUACUGCAAACCACAUCGGAACCACUGGAUCGAGAAAACGCCGAGAUUCUGCAGAAUGGCGGGGUGUAUGUGUUUUCUAUAAGAGCCACCGAGCUGAUCGAUGGAGCCAUUCCCGCCGAGCACUCGCUGACUAGAGUGACCAUCGUGGUCACCGAUGUAGACGAUCAUCAGCCCACUUUCAGUGGCCCACACUUCAAUGUCUCCAUUGCGGAGAACCUGGCGAAUGGAAUGCCCUUGCCGGGACUCUCGAUCUUCGUGGAUGAUCGCGACAUGGGAGAGAACAGUCGCUAUGAGCUCUCGUUGAGGAACGUGGCCAAUUCCGAUGGGGUUUUCGCAGUAUCACCCACCGAAGCUCAAGGCCGAACCCCAGUGGUUGUCAAGGUGCUGAAUGCCAGUCGCUUGGAUUACGAUGUCCGAGAUCCGGACCUCCGGCGGUUCGAGUUCGAUCUGGUGGCUUCGGUGAAGGGUGUGGAGAAAGCCAAGUCCCGGGUGGAGAUCCAUCUGCUAGAUGCCAAUGACAAUGCUCCGGUUUUCGACCAAGCCACAUAUCGUUUCACGGCAGCUGAGAAUCUUCCCGUGGAUGCUUUAAUUGGUCAUGUGAAAGCCACUGAUGCAGACUCCGAUGAAUUUGGACACGUUCGCUAUGUACUGAAGGGUUUCGGGGCAGACAACUUCUAUGUGGAUCCGGAAACGGGAGGACUUUACUUGCAGAAGCCCCUGGACUACGAAAAGCAGAGCAGCUACAGUCUCACCGUGGUGGCCAUCGAUGGAGGUCAACGGGAGGCCAAUGCGAAUCUUUUCAUCAGGGUCACCGAUGUGAACGACAACCAUCCAAAUUUCGAGAGCAAGGAAUACAGUCGAACCAUUCGAGAAGGAGCUGCUCUGUUUGAACCCCAAUUCUUCGUUCGUGCCCACGAUGCAGAUGGUCCCACGCAGGGAAACGGAAGAGUUAAAUACUCCAUUGUCUCCGAGAACAGCAUUGCCGGUAAUGUAUUCCGGAUUGAGCCGGAUACGGGUGAGAUAGUCAUCCAGAAAGCAGCGCGAUCCAUGGACACGGAACGUGGCGAAUACGAACUAGUGGUUUCCGCCACGGAUUUCGGCAUUCCUCCAUUGUCCAACACUACUCGCGUUUUGGUUCGGGUUGGCAUUUCUGGGAAUCAGCGACCCAUUUUCCGCGGUCACUUCCAGAACAUGGAGAACUUACCUGUUAUUGGACCUCCCAGCUAUAGGGUUUCCAUUCCCGAGAAUGCGGUGGCAGGAUCGAAUGUUACCUCUGUUUCUGCCCACGAUCCAGAUGGUCUGGACAGCCUGCUGAGGUACAGGAUUGUGGGUGCCAACGACAACUUUGAAAUCGAUGAGAUCUCUGGAUUGAUAACAGUGUCUCCGCAAGCACGCAUCGAUCGGGAUUCGAACAUGAACAGUUUUGAGAUCAUAGUGAAUGCCGUCGACUCGGGAACUCCAAUCCCUGAAACUGCCACUACCACGGUCUACGUAAAUGUGAAGGACAUCAACGACGAGCGUCCCAAGUUUGAGCAGAAUAGCUAUGCAGCUUAUGUUUCCGAGAGGACAGCCAUCGGAGAGAGUGUCCUUCGAGUGAAAGCCAUCGACAAGGACCUGAACUCUAAGUUGGAAUACGGAUUAAUAGGACCCAUCACUGCCACCACAAAAGCGGGAGUGAAUAUCGCCAAUCGCAGUAAUUAUCGACUGCAGGAGGCAUUCCGGGUGGACAGACAAAGUGGAGAGAUCUUCGUUAAUGGUUCCCUUCGCCACGAUGUAGCUGCCAUCAUAAUUUUCACUGUGGGAGUGCGAGAUCUCAAUGCGGAGGUGGAUCCCGAGGGACAGGUGGACACCACCGAGGUGACCGUGUACGUGCAGUCCUUCCAGGACACCAAUCCGGUGUUUAAGAACCCCGGAUGGACUAGCUCUCGACCAGUGAUCGAUGUCAAGAUCAAGGAAGAAAUGCCCAUAGAUAGUGCGCUGUUUAUCCUUCAGGCCGAAGAUCCUGUGACCCGACAACCCAUCACCAGUUUCGAGUUGGUGGAGCCCAAACAGGUGGACUAUUUCCAGGUGGCAGAGCGCACUGGUGAAGUGAUUCUCAAGAAGCGUUUGGACUACGAGGCUUUGGGUGAAUCAGGUCCUGAAUUUGAGCUGCAAGUUCGUGCAAAUAGUGCCGAUCGUCAAAGGAGCACCGUAAGUCGGGUGAAUAUCACCGUGGAGAAUGUGAACGACAACAGCCCGCGAUUCGAGCAGAGUUCCUAUCGAGCCACGAUCAUCGAGAACCGUCCUCAUCCGGAGCGAGUGAUUCGGGUGAGAGCCCUGGACAAGGAUGCCGUUCUCAAUGCCCGGGAUGAGCGAUUGGGUUACCACAAGAUCAUCUACUCGCUGCAAGGCGAACAUGCCAUGCUCUUCGAGAUCAACAACACAACUGGCGAGAUCAUCGUGGCCAAUGGGCAGGUAAUCGAUAGAGAGCGAACUCCCAGGAUUCAGCUGCAGAUCAAGGCGGAGGACUCACCCGGAAGACCCACGGAUGCCAAGCAGAGUGUGGUGGAUCUGCAGAUCGAGGUACUCGAUGUCAACGACAAUGCACCGCAGUUUACACAGAAGAAGUACAGCACUGUGGUUCCGGAGAAUGCCCAGAUUGACUCAUUUGUCCUCCAAUUGGAGGCUGUGGAUGCGGAUGAGGGUCUUGGUGGCGAGGUGCAUUACGAGCUGGUCAACGAGGGCGAGGCCAAUGGACUCUUCAAGGUGGAUCACAUAAGUGGUCUUAUAUCCACACGUCGCAAUCUUACGGGAAAAGGACGCGCUGAACCCUACGUAAUAAUUGUUCGUGCCCAGGACAAUGGCAACCAGCUGCCCAAGCAACCCACUCUUUCCUCGGACACCGAUGUAAGGAUAUUUAUUGGGGAUGUGAGUGCCAACGAUGGAGUACCCUUCUUUGUGUCGCCUCGAGUGGGUCAAAUGGCCAAUGUCACAGAGAACGCUGUCAUUGGAGCCCCGGUCUUUCAAGUGAUUGCCAGCGAUCCGGAUGAUGAAAACACUCCUUCCGGAACAAUAACCUACCGAAUUUUGCCGGAUACUCCUGAUGCCGAAGCCUUCGUUAUCGAUGCCCACACAGGAUUGAUUACCACAAGGCAAUCACUGGAUCGAGAGACCAAGAACAUGUACAGGAUUCUUCUGGAGGUCAGUGACAAUGGACAACCCAAGCAAUCGGUGACGCGAAUCCUGCAGAUCGCAGUUCUAGAUGUCGACGAUCACGAGCCGCGAUUUGCCAGAGAAAUUGACGAAGGACCCCUGAGCAUGUCGGUGAAGGAAGAGGAACCAGCUGGCACCAUUGUGGGCAACUUCAGCGCCUUGGACGAGGAUCUUGGGGAAAAUGCGGCCAUUGAUUAUGUGAUCAUUGAGGGGAACAACGAGCAGCUGUUUACGAUCGAGCGAAACAACGAGAGUUUGGCCAUUCUGAAGACUCAAAAACGUAUUGAUCGAGAGCAGGUUGAGUCCUUUACUCUGACGAUUAAGUGUCUGAAACUGGGUGAACCUGGGUACAAGUUCGUCGGAGAUCCCUACGAUCGCAUGGAUCCCUCCCAUUUGCGAAUCAACAUCCGAGUGAUGGACAUCGACGAUAAUCUGCCGCAGUUCGAGCAGCCGGAACCCACUGUGGGCAUCAGGAUUAAUGUGCCCAUCGACACCGUGGUGACCACUUUGAAGGCCAGUGACGCAGAUGCCGAGGCUCCACCAGUUGGGCUUUCUAUUGAAAACGUGACUUUUGUGCCACAAUUCUACAAAAGGAGUCGUAGUCUUGCGGUUGGCAACCUGCAGAAUCUCUUCACGCUGAACAAUCGAACGGGAGAACUGAGAACUGGAGGAUCCUUUGCUGAUUACGUUGAUGGUUACUUCCUGAUGCGGGUGAUGGCCAACAAUUCCGUGGAGCCCAAACGCCAAGCGCACACCAAUCUCAAGGUGUUUGUGAUCCGCGACAAGUCCCUGCUGAAGUUUGUGUUCGCCCGACCCCCCAACGAAAUCCAACACAACAUUCGACCCUUCCAGGAGCAGUUGCAGAAGAAACUGAAGCCGCUGGGGUUGGAACUGCACGUCCUGGAUACCCAGGUGUUCACGCGACCGGACAUGAGUCUGGAUUUCACUGCCACCAGCUCGUGCUUCCAGAUGUUCAAGAACGGAGCAGCCCUGUCCUUCAAUGAGAUGCAGAAGUUGAUGAACUCGCAGCAAUUGCGGCAGGAGCUCAUCGACAUCUAUGCCGCCUUCGGAGUUAGUGAGGUGGAGUCCUGUUCGGUGAGGAGGACCCAUGCGGCAGCCAUCUUCGCCGGAAUGCUCACCUCGGCGGGGGCGUGGCUGGUCUUCCUCGCCGCCCUCAUCGGCCUGGCUGCCCUGGUUUCCCUCUGCACAGCCUGCUGCCUCAAGAAGAAGCUGAAGCGUCACAGCAAGCGGAGUCUGCAGGCGAGUCUGCGAACUCCCACGGAGCACACUCCCACCUCGUACAGCUACUCCAUGCCGGCGGUGCUCUACUCGGAACCCAUCUACGGACCCUUGUAGCCGCAGCUCAUCUUCUGCACGGGGAGGUCCAGGUUCAACCACUGACCACCAAACCUAGUAGACUAGUGCCCAAGACUCAAGCCCCCUUUGCACCAGCGGAGAUCCUCCAGGAAUUUUCCACAGGAUCUCCGCUCGGCAACUGCGAACCGGGACUUUUUUCGGGCGGAGAUUGGUAGACGAUAGAAUGCCAAAUCAGUCCAUAUACCAUAAGCUUAAGCAUACUAUGCGCGUGAUCUAGUAUGUACGUGUAGCACCAUUUAGUCUAGGUUAGUCCUAAAACAGAAAGAAUAAUGUAUAAAGUGUAGCAAUUAUCCAAUUUGUAGCCUAAGUCGAGUCAGUUCUUUGUGUCAUUUGUGCCGAAGUGCUGGUUACCCGGACCGAAUUCGCGGGCUCUCAUCCGUACUUUGGCAGGUCUGGAAUGCAUUUAUUUUAACAUAUUUAUCUUAUCGUCUAUUUGCUUAUAACAUGUCGAACAAGUGCAGAAUAAACAUAGCCCCAAACGCAGCCAAAUUCCAGCUCCACAAUCCAAUCCUCGACCAGGAGUCAAAGUCAGGCCAUGUGCGUGUCGACCGAAAAUGGGUUUUCGUUCCCGUUUUCGACCAGAAUGCAUAUGUUUUCGCUGUUAAGUAAAUAUAUUUAUAUUCGACUAAGUAGUUUGUCCAAUGUGAACAUGUGUGCAAAUAAAUUCUAUUAACUACAAAAAUGUGAAAAACAAAA